AUGGAUCGAAAUUGGAUUAAUUUACCACGUAUUAGUGCUGAGUACGAGAGAGGUGUAGAGGAAUUUAUACAAUUUAAAUUGGAGGACAUGAUCCGCGNUGUUGGCGCAAAAAUUUUUGCCAAAGCUCAUGUGUAUGACACGAUGUCGACUGAUGCGGAAACACCUUUGUAUGUCGGUUCAACUAAGUUCACACGUUUGUCAGCUGUGUUAAGGCUCGUGAAUUUAAAGGCGAGCAAUGGAUGAACUGAUAAGAGUUUUAC